CAUGCUGACCCUGCAUCUCCUGCCUUCACAGACCCUCUUAUCUCCCCUGCCCAAACAACAAAGGAUACCGGGGCUGUGUGCAUCUUCCCCUCUGCCUCCACCCCAUUGCAGCUAAUGGAGCCUGUGGUCACAGCUGGCCAAGCACAGCAGGAUGGGGCUUGGGAAGAGGAAGCCUCUAUCAGCACCCCACAUCCUGCGUCUCCUCCUUUGACUUUGAUCCCAGAGCAAAUUCCCCAAAUUGGAGCACCCCAGUGCUCUCCCAGGGAUGGGUUCUGCUAGGCUAACAGUGGGGAUGGUCCCAUCAGAACCCCCCUGGGCAGGGCUGGGAGAUGGAUGCUGCUGGAGCAGGAUACCCCUGCAUCAAGGAUGGGGUCCUGGGAAGGAAGGAGCACUGGGGUGAGCAGGACAGAGGAGCUUGGCUCCUCUCCAGAGUCUUCUACCACACUGGGUAGGGGGUCCCUGAGGCUGGCAUGAGUGGCCUAGUGCCACCUGCAUCCCACCUCCAUGCACCAGACAACCUCCAUUCACCUUUCUGCUGCUGGCAGUACCCUGCUUGGCUGCAUCCCCUCCCUUGGCCUUGACUGGGCAAGGUGGGUUCCUGCCUGGUCCCGUGGGUCCCAGCCCUGGGCAGCAGAAAUGGGGCUGAAUUAAUUGUGGCUGUGGCUGCCUGGUGACAAAUAGCAGCCACAGCUAGAGCCGAUGAUGGGUGGGGGGGGACAGUCAGCCCGGGUCACCUCCAGCCGUGGUGCCACCCUUAUCGCCGGGAAGCUGGGGCAGAGAUAAGAGCAGCUUGCUCCUAGUCCAGCCAAGAUGGCUCCGAGCCAGGGGCACAGCAGAGGCUCCAUGGGGACGGUGAUUGGAGUAUGUCAGAGCCGGGGACGCAUCCUCAGUGCCCGGACACCGCUUCCCCCUGCCCACUGCCACCCUCGGCGAGCCCCUCUGAUGGAUGCUGAGCCCCUUCUCAGCCCUGUGGUGUUUCCUUCCUCCUUCAAAGCCUGAAGAAAGAGAGGUUGGCGAGAGUCAGGGUGCCCUCCACGCCAUGGGCGACCCCCUACGGCUUGUCCCUGUCCCUCGGAUGCUCUUCCUGGACGCGGCAGAGCUGCUGGGGCAGCAGGAAGGCUGCAGGGCCGGCACGCUGCAGCGACGGCACCCCGCUGCCUGCUGGCUCUGCUGCUGGUGCUGCCAGCUGCCCGUUCCUCAGGAAGCAGCCGUCGGGGAGAGCAUCCUCUCUCCUCCACCCGGAAAGCCCAGCACGGAUCACAGCCUCCUCCAUCCCACCGGGAACGCCCAGGCUCAGGUUUGGCCUCACUCCCCAGCCAUGCUGCUGCUCCCGCUGCUCCUGGAGGCCACCCUGCUGAGGCUGGCCAGUGGCUCCCAUCAUCCCUUCUACAAUGGCUUCUACUACAACCACGUCAUGAAUGACAAAGGCAACGGGCAAGAGAAAGAUGUUUACUUCAAUGGGGCCAGGCUGGUGGUGGAAACACCCAAAGACCCUAUCUAUAGCUCCAAUGGAGCCAAUGUCACCCUGCCCUGCCAUUACCACUAUGAGCCUUACCAGGAGGCCAAGCGCAAGAUCCGUAUCAAGUGGUCCAAGCUGCGAGAUGACUACACCAAGGAGCAAGACGUACUGGUCGCCAUUGGCAAGACCCACAUGGCCUUUGGGGACUUCAAGGGCCGUGCUCACCUCCACCAGGCCAGCCAGCGUGAGGCCUCACUGGUCAUCAGUGAUGUGCACUUGCAGGAUGAGGGCAAGUACCGCUGUGAAGUCAUCGAUGGGCUGGAGGAUGAGAGCGAUGUGGUGGACCUCCAACUGCAAGGCAUCGUGUUUCCUUACCAGCCUCCCCGUGGGCAGUACAGCCUCAACUACCACGAAGCUGAGCGAGUGUGCCAGGAGCAAGGCGCCAUCCUUGCCACCUUCAACCAGCUCUUCCAGGCCUGGAGUGAGGGGCUGGACUGGUGCAACGCGGGCUGGCUGGCGGACGGAACCGUGCAGUACCCCAUCCGCCUCCCCCGCAAGCCCUGUGGUGGUCUGCACCUCGCCCCGGGCAUCCGCAGCUACGGCCCCCGCCACCGGCACCUCCACCGCUUUGAUGCCUUCUGCUUCUCUUCUGCCCUUAGAGGAGAGGUUUUCUACCUGGACCACCCUGCUGGGAUGACGCUGGAGGAGGCUAAGCAGAGCUGCCAGGAUGCGGGGGCCGAGAUUGCCCGGGUGGGACACCUCUACUCUGCCUGGAAGUUCCUGGGGCUGGAUCGCUGCGAUGCCGGCUGGCUGGCGGAUGGCAGCGUCCGCUACCCCAUCGCUAAGCCCCGCCCCAACUGCGGCCCCGCGGAGCCUGGUGUCCGCAGCUUCGGCUUCCCCAGCAAGGGAAGGUUUGGGGUCUUCUGCUACAAGGAGAGAUAGGGAACCAGGAGGGCUCCUUCUCGGCCGGAGGAUGUUUC